AUGGACGCGUUCAAAGGUUUCCAGAAGAGUCUCACCUCGCUGGGUGGGCAGAUCACCCCUUUCGCCUCGCGUACCUUCCAGUACACCAAGGAACAAUUGGGCCAGGCUGAGGACAAGACCCAGCUCCCUCCCGACUACAUCGACCUUGAGAAGCGGGUUGAUGCGCUGAAGGCGGUUCAUCAGAAGAUGCUGGCUGUGACUUCGCAGUAUUCCCACGAGUCCUACGACUACCCGCCCAACAUCAAGGAAACCUUCCAGGACCUGGGCCGCACCGUUAGCGAGAAGGUCAGCCUUCUGUCGAGCGCCACCACCCCGGCCGAGGCCCAGGCGGCUUUGACCGCGCCGCCGACCGCGAAGCCGCAGCCUAAGACGUUCCACCACGCCAUGGCGCGCGCCGCGCUGGCGAGCAGUCAGACGCUGCACCAGCAGCACACGGGCGCGGGCGAGGACCCGCUGGCGACGGCGCUCGAGAGAUACGCGUUGGCAAUGGAGCGCGUGGGGGAGGCGCGCCUGGCCCAGGACGCCCAGGUGCAGAGCCGCUUCCUGGCGGGCUGGAACACGACGCUCAACACCAACAUCCUGUUUGCGACGCGCGCCCGCAAGGCCGUCGAGAAGGCCCGACUCACGCUCGACGCCGUCAAGGCGCGCGUCAAGGGCACUACGUGGAAGCUGGGCGGCUCAUCGCCGCGCGGGGAGGCGCACGACGAGCACGAGCUGAGCCCAGAGGCGCAGGAGGAGAUUGAGAAGGCCGAGGACGAGUUCGUCACGCAGACUGAGGAGGCGGUUGGAGUCAUGAAGAAUGUUCUCGACACGCCCGAGCCGCUGCGCAACCUGGCGGAGCUGGUCGCCGCGCAAAUGGAGUACCACAAGAAGGCGCACGAAAUUCUGAGCGAGUUGGCGCCCAUCAUCGACGGGCUGCAGGUCGAACAGGAGGCAAGUCGUGCUUCGGCUUACUCGUUGCAUUAA